CAGGCUAUAGGUAGAGCACACAUCAACGACGAUGGAACCAUAUCAAACAAAAUGUGGGAACCAAGAAGUGACUACACCUACGUGUGCUCUGCUCAUUUUAUUUCUGGUUCUAAAGUUAACAAUCAGUCACAUCCAGAUUUUGUUCCAAGCCUGUUUCCAUCUAAAAAAGAACCAAAGACUCCUGCCAGCAACAAGGUUGACAGGUUUCAUAGAUGUGCAUCUAGACAGGUUAAGCGGACAGAGUCCCAAGAAACAGGAUCCAAAACUCCAGCUCGAAAACGGCUUAAACUCACAAGUUCAAGAGAAAAUGAUUCUGCUGUGGAAUCCAUUCCUGACAGCCCUUUAUCCACCACAAGUUGUGUUCUCCAAGAUGCAGAAAGCCAGUUGAUCUUGAACAGUGAAAAAACAAACCCACUUCAAACCCCACUGCAAUCCUCAGAAAGAGAAAUGAUGCACGAGGAGCUAGAAAAUGUCCGAAAAGAAAGAGACGGAGCUUUGAACGAGGUUGAAAGACUGAACAAAUGUCUCAAUGCAUGUAACAUGUCUGCUAUUUCAGUUGAAGGAAAUAAUGUUAAAUGUCAAAUGACGACUGGUAUUAGAUGGACUAUUUUUCAGCAGUUGUUUCUUAUGUUAAGCACCUAUGUUAGUCGACAGGGUCUAAAAGAAACAAGUCUACCAUUCAGAGAACAAUUAUUUAUGACUUUUGUAAAAUUGAGACAUAACCCAACAUUUGAAUUUUUGGCUCAGUUAAAAGGUAUCCCCAAAAGUACAGCUAUUGAUUAUUUUUGGAAGUGGUUAAAUUUGCU